AUGUGUUUCGAUUCCACAAUGCAUUCUGACUCCAGCCCAUUCUUCCUACCAGAAGGCUCCAUUAAACCAAGAUUUUUUAUUCCUAUUUUACAGAAUCUGGAUUCCAGCCGUUGGCGUCGCUUUAUCUACUUAUAUUCUUAUGAUCUCCACUCAGGUGUUUCAAUUUUUUCUAACGAUUUUGGCAAUUCAAAAAUUCUCGCUCUAUUUCUUCCCAUCCUCGCAAAAAUACAUAAUUCUAUCCCGCAAGAAUAUGCGAUAUUUUAUACAGUUUGCCUACUAUUUAUUCAUUAUCAAGGAAAUUUUCAGUUUAAUUUUAUUUUUUAUAUUCUUCGUUUCCAUGAAUAUAACUUUCUUUGCAUCUGCUCUGUUGUACAUUCCUAUAAUGAUAAGUGUUCGAAAAAUGUCCCAUUUGAGAUCAGUUCAAGAAUCGAAACCUCAAAUUUACAUUUUCUGGCAAACAGCGACUGCAUUGAGUGUGAAAAUUGUGAGUUUGAAAAUCUAAUAUUCGGUAUCAUUUCUUUUUUUUCCCAGAUUCAAACAUCCCUCUUAUCAUAUAAUUUUUUCAAAUCUAUCAAAGCUCUAAUUCUCUUUUCUCGUAUGUUUGAUGUUUUUAGCGUUCCGGUUAUCAUUCAGAUAUCUUACCUGACUUGUAACAGACAGAAUGUUAUCACUCUACUGGCUUCAUUCAAAGGGAAGCAACUGAUUAAAGAAUUGAUAACACCUGAAGUGACUACUAGAGUGAGUCCAGAUCCACGGAGGCAUAUGAUAUAA